AUGGCAACUGCUUCGGUCUCUACCCCAGUGAAGACCCAUCAUGGGAUCUUUUCCUCCAAGACCGCUGGAGGUCGUAUGCCCCUGACUCCCUCUCCUAACACUCGGGUGACCCCUAGGGCAUCUGAUGAGUCAUCGCCAUUCACCCCUCAGAAGGCAGACGCAGGCUGCGAGAAGCCCAAGUCUAUUUACGGCGGUAAUCUAUCCUCAUACUUUGCCAAAUCCUCCGGGUCCAAGACCACCGCACCAAAGUCUUCAGUUCCCAAACCAUCAGUCCCUAAGGCUUCUGUCGCCAAAUCCUCCGUGGCCAAGUCAUCUCGCACACACCGUGAUUCUCCCAAAUCGAACAUUGCACGCACCCGGCACUCCCCAAAGCAUUUGCAGCUUGGUGUCUCGGACUGGUCUCUGACCGGUACCGGUCCUUCCUCCUCCUCCACCUCCUCGCAGACUCCGUCCAAGGAGCGCGCUCGGCGGGAGGUGACUACUCGGGCUCGCCCUACCAAGACCACUGUCCGCAUUUCCCACAAUGCUGGGGACCGAUUCAUCCCAAAUCGAACGGCCAGUGAGGGCCUUGUCACAAGCGGAGCCGCUAAGCCCGACGAGAGUCAGCGUCCCAAGACAAGUGGCAGCGAGGGUUCAACCGUUCUGGCCUCUGCGGCCAGCGCCUUCGACAUCAGUGGACGUGCCGUCGAAGAUGAUUUGACCGCGGCUUUGGACAACUUGGGCUUGGAUGACAAUGAGCCGCCAAACUACACCCGCCCCGCACCGGACGCUGUUGCCUACGAGUCGUCACUGGCCAAUGCCUGUGGUGUGAACCUCAACACUCGCAUUCUUGCAUUCAAGCCUCCGCCUCCUGAAUCAUCCAAGCCGAUUGAUCUCCGUGCUCAGUACAAUCGCCCUCUUCGUCCUGCCAAGUCCCAGAAUGCUCAAUUCCGCCGACGAGUUCAGACUGCCCCGGAGCGGGUCUUGGAUGCGCCAGGUCUACUGGAUGACUACUAUCUCAACUUGUUGGACUGGAGCUCUGGCAACCAGGUCGCUAUUGGUCUCGAGCGCAACGUUUACGUCUGGUCUGCCGAGACUGGCACUGUAAGCUGCCUUCUGGAAACCUCGCCCGACACCUACAUCAGCAGUGUGAAAUGGAGUGGUGAUGGUGCAUACGUUGGCGUUGGUCUUGGAACUGGCGAGGUUCAAAUUUGGGACGUCGAAGAGGGUUCCAAACUGCGCAGCAUGUACGGCCAUGAUUCACGUGUGGGUGUGAUGGGCUGGUCCAAGCACACUCUUUCCACUGGUGCUCGUAGCGGUCUCGUGUUCAACCACGACGUUCGCAUUGCGGAUCACAAGGUAGCCGAGCUGGUCUCCCACACUUCGGAGGUGUGUGGUUUGGAGUGGCGCUCCGAUGGCGCUCAGCUUGCGACCGGCGGCAAUGACAACCUGGUCAACAUCUGGGAUGCUCGCUCCCUUAGCGCUCCCAAGUUCACUAAGACCAACCACCGUGCUGCCGUCAAGGCUUUGAGCUGGUGCCCCUGGCAAUUGAACCUGCUCGCCACGGGCGGUGGCUCUUACGAUCGUCACAUUCAUUUCUGGAACACCACUACCGGUGCCCGUACCAACAGCAUUGAUACUGGCUCUCAAGUGACCAGCCUCCGGUGGAGCAACCACUACCGUGAAAUUGUGAGCUCCAGCGGCUUCCCCGACAACUCGCUCAGCAUCUGGAGCUACCCGACUUUGGUUCGAAAUGUCGAGAUUCCUGCCCACGAAACUCGUGUUCUGCACAGCAGCCUGAGCCCUGAUGGCCAGAUCUUGGCCACCGCUGCCGCGGACGAGAGUUUGAAGUUCUGGAAGGUGUUUGAGCGCAAGGCCGGCAGUAGCGCUUCUGCCUCCCGCGAGGGCGGUGUUGGUAGCAAGGCCCAGCUGACCAAGUCAAUGACUAUUCGGUGA